AUGGCGGGUAAUGACGGGAGUGAUGCCUGGGGCAGCCAGAGGUCUUGGCGCGCACGCCAGAAGCGGUUAGUGCCCACCCGAAAUAGGGCCCUAAGCGAACGAAAUCCCACAACCCACGUAGAGUCCGACUUGCUCCUCUCCGAGAAGAGACUACCAACGACCAACAAUCUCGCGAUCCGGCCAAGCUCAGUCAAAAUGGUCAACGUUCCCAAAACCCGCCGGACGUACUGCAAGUCCAAGGAGUGCCACAAGCACACCCAGCACAAGGUCACCCAGUACAAGGCUGGCAAGGCCUCCCUGUUCGCCCAGGGUAAGCGUCGUUACGACCGCAAGCAGAGCGGUUACGGUGGUCAGACCAAGCCUGUCUUCCACAAGAAGGCCAAGACCACCAAGAAGAUCGUCCUGCGUCUUGAGUGCACUGCCUGCAAGGCCAAGAAGCAGCUCGCUCUGAAGCGUUGCAAGCACUUCGAGUUGGGUGGUGACAAGAAGACCAAGGGUGCUGCUCUUGUUUUCUAA